GUCCAAGUUUUCUGGUUUGUAGGAAAAGUGAAAGUCAAUAAUUAUUGCGAAAUCGCGCGUGUGAUCGAACAUAUGUAUAUAUAGCAUAAUAGACUAAUUCUAUAUGUAAAUGUGUGUAUUGUUCUUUUUUUUUAUUUUUGUAUUGGUUCAACUUGAAAAGAACUGAUUGGUAGGCAAGAGGCAGCUGGCAGCUCUUUGUACUAAAAGAAAAGUCGCAUUAAAGCACAGAUAAACGAUUGCCAGAAAGAAAAAGUAAACAACAAAACGACUGCAAUAAAUCGAGUGCAUUUGGCAUCGGAUUGGUUCGUUUCUUUGUUCUCGAUCUGAAGACAAAGCAGAAGAAAGCCGCACAAGAAUGGGUAAUACCGAGUCUACGCCGAAUACGAAUGAUUCGGAGACAACGAAGGCGGAUGACGAGCCUCGCUGGAAUGAGAUCGAGCAUGAAAAUUUGUUAUUGGAACAACUUCCGGCUGAAACAACGCCUCUUUCAUCAGACAGCUCUUCAAAGCUGAAGACACCAACAAUCAUGUCAGCAGAGCAGCAGAAAGAAGCAGAGCCCGAUUUAAGCCUGCAGGAGUUCAAGGAGCAGUUGGUCAACAAACGUUUGGCAAGACAAACUGCAGUGCAGGAUAUGCGAGAAGAGCUAGAAAGUCUACGCAAACAAUUGGCCACAGAGCAGGCGGAGAAUCGUAGACUACGUCAAGGAGCUAAAGAUGAUCCCGAGCUUUCCAAGGGGGAAGAGGAGCCUCAAGCAGAGCUAACACCUAUCAAGGAAGUGGAUGAGGAUGAUGAGAAUCCCAGCAGUCGCAGCCGUCAUGCCAACAUUGAGUUGGCCAAUGCUCAGUUGGCCCUGCAAUUGGCCAAUGCUGAGAAUCUAUCGCUGCGUGGAGAACUGGAUGUGGUGCAACGUCAGGUGGGAACACUGAAGGAGGUAAUUUGCUGUUGCAAGCAAAUGUUGAACGUCAAGGAGGAGCAAUGUGCACAGCUCAAGAUGAAACUGACGGAAAUUGAGAACUCCUUCAGCGAGCGCGAAAUGAAAAUCAUGUCCAAUAAUCUGCGCCAGGAAUACGAACGUCAAUUGGUCAAUAUACGACAACUGCGACAGCUCUACGAGGAACGUCAAAGAGUUGCCGCCGCGGAGUAUGAGAAUCUGCAGCGUUUAAUCUCCAUCAAAAAGGAUGAACUAAUCGCCGAGCAGGAGAAAACGAAGAGUUUUGAAGAACGCAAUCAACUGUUAAACAAGGAGCUGGAAACGGCCAAUGAGGAGUUGGCCAAGUUAAGAGAGGAGUGUGGAGAGCACAAGUUCGAGAAGCGCAUACUCAAGGAACAAGUUGGAGCUGUUAAUCUGCUUUUUAGUCAGUUGGUGAUGGGUUUCCAUGGAGAGCACAAUAUGAACAUAGAUCGCUUGACACAAAUGCUGGAGGAGAAUCGCGAUCUGUUGAAUGAGAUGAUGCAGGCGGAGGGAAGUUGCAGUGAAGGCGCCACAUUGCCCAAAUUGCUCUUUGAGCUGGUGGAACAGGCGGCCAAAUCGGGACAAAAAUCGGACGAAAGCGACAAAAGCCGCAGUGCAACGCCAACGCCAACGGCAACGGCAACGGCAAUGUCAGGACAAGAUGAGGUCAUGGUUUCAGCUACAGCAUCAGCAUCAGCUUCAGCUUCUGGCGAGGACAACACCGACAGUGUGAAGCCAGAGCCAAGUGCCAGGAAGUUGCAUAGAAAACGCUGUGGAGGAGUAGGAGGAGCAACUACUGCGGCUUCGUUAAAAUGCCAUGAGCCUGAAAUUAUGGGAAAAGUUGCAACGGCACAAGAAAUCAUUGGCAACUUGCCAAAAGUUUGGAAAGUGUUGAUGGAGCUCUUGAGUCACCACAAAAUUGAACGCGUGCAGUUUGAAGAGAUGCCGCCAGCUGACGACGAUGCCAACAGCAAUGUGGCAGCCAAAACAGGAGCUGCAACAGCAGCAGCAGCAGCAGCAGCAGCAGGAACUGCAGCUAAAGCUCCAGAGUUAAGUGUCAGCAAGACCUACAUCAAGCUGAAGGAUUUGAUAAUGGAGAAAAAGUCGCUGGUGAAGGAAACGAAUCGCUUGAAGACGCUCAACUGUCACCUGGACAACAGACUCAACGAGCAGGAGAAGCGACUGAGCGUCGUGAGCUUGGAGCUGACAAAGACCUGGCAUCUGGUGGGAAAGAUGCAACGCCAACAUCGACAGCUGCACACACAGGAGCAGAUACUAAGAUAUCAAUUGCAGCAGAAGCGUCGCCUGCUCAGCGAGCUGAAGGAUGAGCUCGAGUACUGCCGAAGGAAGUGGGCAUUGGCGCGGGCCAAGAACGAUGAGAGCCAGGAGUUGUGCAAUGACUGGAGGCGGGAGUUUGCGAGAAGGAAGCUGGAGGAUGCCAAUCAUUCGGCGGAAAGUGGUUACAGUGAUUCCGGACCACAGUCGGAUGAGGAUAUGGCGGCAGUUGCUGCUGUAGCUGGAGAUAUUGAUGCAGCUGCAGCUGGCGUGGAAGUCUCCGUCUGCUCCUCCACCUCCUCCUCUUCCGCUUCGGCGCAUUGUCGGCGCAAGCACUUGAGGGAUCAAUUUGAGCAUACACGCAAAAUUAAACGCAUGCAGAGCACAUCGCCAGGACGUCAGGCAGCUGCAGCUGCAGCGGCUGCAUCAGGGCAGGAGGAGGAGAGCGAGGAGAUUGUGCUACGCUGGAACAGCGCUCCGCCAACUUGUGGCUGGCGUGAUGAACCAGAAGAUACAGAGGAGCCGGAGGAACCGGAGGAACCGGAAGAACCCAAUGAUACCGACGAGGAUGUGGCUACUUCCUCACGUGGUGCAGUUCCCAAGUCAACGCACAGCUCACGCAGCCGGCAACGUGGCAAGAAUGAAGUCAGCUCAUCUUCUCCUGGCGCUGCAACAGAUCGCAUUCAAAAGCUGGAGGAACAGUGCAAAUCUCUCAUUCAACAGGUGCUGGAAACAUCCGGAAAUCGUGAACGUCUCGAGAUUCAACUGUGUCGCUUUCAGGACGAGAUUUCGCCAGCUCAACAUGCUGUGCCCUUGGAUGAGUUCAUCAAUCGCAAGCGACUGGAACGCAUGACCAGGGCCAGUUCCGCUCCAGCCACAGGCAGUCUUACUCCCCGCGAGGAGGAGUACACCAGAAAGCGGUCGGAGCGACUAGGACGCCUGGAGGAGGAGUCCCGACAGCUGCUCUCGCGCAUUAAGCGCACUGCAGAUCGUGGGCAUUAUUUGAAAAAGUCCUUGGAUCGCAUAAGACGUGCACCAAGUCGUGAGGGUAGCUUUGAGAGCAACACCGAGGAGGAGCCCAAAGAGGAAGCUCCCAAGGAGCAAGCUCCCACAACUGCCUCGCCAUUGACUCUAGAGGAAGAAGCCUACACAAGUCGACGGGCAGCGCGUCUUCAGCGUCUGGAACAGGAGAGUCAACAACUGUUGUCUCAGCUCUCCAGGAACUCGGAACGUGGUGAUAGUUUGGUAAACAGACUAGACACACUGCAUGAACAGUCCCAGCUCAGGGAGGCAACUCCCACUGUCUCCAGCAUCUCUUUGACAGUCGAACAACGUUUGGAGGAUAUUGAGAGAGUCUCGGCUAAUCGUGCCGAGCGUUUGCGUCGCCUGGAGGAGCAGGGAAAUGAACUUAUUGCCAGGUUAAGCAACACUUCGGAGCGUGGAACCGCCAUGAUUAAUCGUAUUGCGGAGCGGGAAGCGAACAGGCGACAGGAGGCGCUACUUUUGGAGCAAACGGAAGAAGAAGCUACAAGCUGUUUGGAGAACAACAACAUUGCCAGCAGUUGCAUUGUGGAGGAGGAAUCUCAAGAAGCUGCCUGCUGUGUCACUGUGACCACAACCGCCAGUCAAUUGGCCAUUCAACAGUCCACGGGAGCCAUACCCAAGACCUCCAGUCAAAGUCAGAUAAAGGCCAAGCCAUUGACCCAGCUCUGUGCGACACUGCGUCAUGAUGGUGCCACCAAGAAGCGCUCUACCACGGAACAGGAAAAGGACAUGAACGUGCCUGCAAUGGAGGAAGAGUCGUUGGAGAGUAUGGUGCAACGACUGAGGGCGAUACCCUAUCCAGAAGAGCUAAUGAGCGGCAAGUCAAGUGGAGAGCAGCAGGAGGAACCUAAGAAGGAAGGACUAAGGGAGAAGGAACUAAACGAAAAGGAAGCUAAAGAGGGGGAAGUUAAAGUAGAGAUAUCUAAAGAGGACGAGCUAAUGGAAAAAGAACCCAAGCACGAAAAACCUAAGGUGGAAGAACCUAAGAGGAAAGAGCCAAACGAGGAAGAAUCUGAGGUGAAACAAUGUGAGGAGGGAGCUAAACAAGAUGGACCUCAAGAGAAGGAACCAAUUGAAGGGGUAGUUAAGGAAAAGGAUCUCAAGGAAGAAGUGCCCAAACAGGAGGAACCCAAACAGGAAGAACCCAAGCAGGAAGAACCUUAGGAAGAGUUAUCUAAGGAUCAAGAACAAAUAAAGUAGGGAGAUAAGGAAAAAGGACCUCAGGUAAUGGGACCAAAAUUAGAAGCAGCUAAAGAUAAGGAUGUUAAGAAAAAGGGGACCCAAAGAGAAUACCAAUAAGAAGAAGGAGCUCAAGGCGGAAGAAAAAGAUAGGAACAAUCAAGGAAGAGAUGCUUAGAAAAGAGGUGCUUAACGAGAAAGAACC